UGGGCCCAGAAUAGUGCGGCCCAGUCACAGUGUCGCACACUUGCUCUCCGUUGGUCCGGGGCUGGCCACAUGGAGCCAGAGCUGGAGCACGCACUGCACAGGACCCCUUCCUGGAGCAGCCUUGGGGGUUCUGAGCAUCAAGAGAUGAGCUUCCUAGAGCAAGAAGACAGCAGCUCAUGGCCAUCACCAGCUGUGACCAGCAGCUCAGAAAGAAUCCACGGGAAAUGGAGGGCCAAGGCCUCGAGAUGGACAAGGCAGGAGGUGGUGGAGGAAGGGGAGCCACCGGGUCAGGGGCAAGGUCCCCGGUCCAGGCCAGCUGCUGAGUCCACCGGGCUGGAGGCCACAUUCCCCAAGGCCACACCCUUGGCUCAAGCUGAUCCUGCCAGGGUAGGCACUCCACCAACAGGGUGGGACUGCCUCCCCUCUGACUGUAUAGCCUCAGCUACAGGCUCCAGCACAGAUGAUGUGGAGCUGGCCACGGAGUUCCCAGCCACAGAGGCCUGGCAGUGUGAGCUAGAAGGCCUGGUUGAAGAGAGGCCUGCCCCAUGCCCGUCCCCGCAAGCCCUAUUUCCCAAGCUGGGCUGGGAUGACGAACUGCAGAAACCCGGCGCCCAGACCUACAUGCGCUUCAUGCAGGAGCACACCUGCUAUGAUGCCAUGGCAACUAGCUCCAAGCUGGUCAUCUUCGACACCACGCUGGAGAUCAAGAAGGCCUUCUUUGCUCUGGUGGCCAACGGUGUGCGGGCAGCCCCUCUAUGGGACAGCAAGAAGCAGAGCUUUGUGGGGAUGCUGACCAUCACUGACUUCAUCCUGGUGCUGCAUCGCUACUACAGGUCCCCCCUGGUCCAGAUCUAUGAGAUUGAACAACAUAAGAUUGAGACCUGGAGGGAGAUCUACCUGCAAGGCUGCUUCAAGCCUCUGGUCUCCAUCUCUCCUAAUGACAGCCUGUUUGAAGCUGUCUACACCCUCAUCAAGAACCGGAUCCAUCGCCUGCCUGUUCUGGACCCGGUGUCAGGCAACGUACUCCACAUCCUCACGCACAAACGCCUGCUCAAGUUCCUGCACAUCUUUGGUUCCCUGCUGCCCCGGCCCUCCUUCCUCUACCGCACUAUCCAAGAUUUGGGCAUCGGCACAUUCCGAGACUUGGCUGUGGUGCUGGAGACAGCACCCAUCCUGACUGCACUGGACAUCUUUGUGGACCGGCGUGUGUCUGCACUGCCUGUGGUCAACGAAUGUGGUCAGGUCGUGGGACUCUAUUCCCGCUUUGAUGUGAUCCACCUGGCUGCCCAGCAAACCUACAACCACCUGGACAUGAGUGUGGGAGAAGCUCUGAGGCAGAGGACACUGUGUCUAGAGGGAGUCCUUUCCUGCCAGCCCCAUGAGAGUUUGGGGGAAGUGAUCGACAGGAUUGCUCAGGAGCAGGUACACCGGCUGGUGCUAGUGGACGAGACCCAGCAUCUCUUGGGCGUGGUCUCCCUCUCCGACAUCCUUCAGGCACUGGUGCUCAGCCCUGCUGGCAUCGAUGCCCUUGGGGCCUGAGAAGAUCCGAGUCCUCAAUCCCAAUCCUCUUCCACACCUGGAAGACAAUGAAGGGAGCCAGGGAACUCAGCCUUCAUCUUCCCCCACCCCUAUUUGCUGGUUCAGCUAUGAUUCAGGCUUCUUCAGCCUUCCCAGAUUGCCCUUGCCCUGCCUGUGUUCCCAGAAGCCCUCGGACAUGCCCAGUGCACCAUGGCAUGAUGAAAUUAAGGAGAACAGCUGAGUCAAGUCUGGAGGUCCCUGAACCAGAGGCACUAGGAUUACCCCAGGGCCAUCUGUGCUCCAUGCCCACUCAUCCCCUUGCAGCCUAACUGGGUCGGACGGCCCCAGUGGGUUUAGUCAGGGCUUCUGGAUUCCUCGGUUUCUGGGCUACCUAUGGCUCCAGCCUUCAGCUCCUGGGAGUCCCAGCUGUUGUUCCCAGCAAUGUUGCCACUGCCCUCCUACUCUCCAGGCUUUAUCAUUUCAGAGCUGCUGAAAUGCUGCUUUUCAGGGGCCACCAUGGAGCAGCUGUUAUUUAUAGAACUGCCUGUUGGAGGUGGGGGUCCUCCCUCCAUUCUUGUCCAGAAAACUCCUUAGCUCUCGCAGUGAGCAGUGUUGUGUCCCCAGAGAUGGAUGGCCUUGUAUAUGGACCCCUAUGAAUGAGCAACUGAAAAAAACACAACAAAAGGAACAAUCCACGAACUUAGAUUUUAUAGGUUUCUCUCAAAAUGCUGCAGUCUUUGACCUGAACUUGUGGCAAGAGCCUUGUGCUUUCUGAAUUCAAAGACAAAAAGGAAAUUUGACAAAAAUCGCAAGUGGCAUUUCUUUUGCAUGUAGUGCUAUUCUACUGAAAUUUCUUUCUUCCCUUUUCUUUACAAAAUUGUAAAGAAAAUAUUAAUUCAUUGCUUAUAUAGUAGGUACAACUCGGCCUACAAACUCUAAUCUGCAAGAAGCAUAACUUUAUUUUUCUAACACAGAAUGUAAUUUCUAUUAGGAAUCCCGUUUCACCAGGUUUUAGAAAUUAAUCUCAGUCAAUUCAGAGUCUCCCCCGACCUUUUCCUGGGGUUAAGCUCGGUGGGGUUGGGGGGGGGGUGGCUUUAAGUCGUGUAAGACUCUGGUCCUCAGCCAUCAUCAUCUAUCCAUUUCAGCACCUGCUUGGACAUCCUAUCUGGUCAUCAGUUGGUCAUGCAUGGUCUGCCAGGGGCUCCUUCACGUCCACAAAGCCUCUUUGGGGGCCUGUGGCUUGGAGCAUAUGGAACAUUCUAGCUCCUGGCCCUGCACACCCUCUGGCUUCAGGAAGCUCAGUGAUUCUGUUCCAGGCCAACUGCUAAGAUACAGAGCCCAGUCACCUGUUCCGCUCUGUGGCUUGCUGUUUUCCCAGGCUCUUCCCAGGAAGCGUGUGGGUUCUUCUACCCAGUGCUUGCCUACCCUUAUCACUUCCAAACCUGUAUGGUGUAUUUGUCAUACUUUCCCCCUCUUUAGCCGCAACCUCCUUCUCAGGGUCCUUUUCUCAAGGAUUCCAGAAAUGUCAACAGUCGCCUUGCUCCCCAAGCCCUGCCAACCCAUGGAAUCUUGACCAGUCAGGGAGAGAAGGGGCUUUUAUUCUGUAACCCAUCAUAUAUUCUUCCAAAUGCACUGUAAGUGUCCCGAGUUCUUGCCAUCCACCUUCAGAAUCAAGCCUUUGAAAUUCCGAAGCCGAGGCUCGCUUCUGCUAUGUCACCUUCCCCGUGGCAACGGGCUGGCUGUCCAGAGGAGGGGGAGGUUACUGUCCCUAAAACGUGACUCCUUCCCCUUACCUCACAGAGCAAGAAGGCAGAGGCUUUGUACUGAAUUGGUUGGACCAUAAAUGAAGAUGUUCUGUCACUAGACAUUUUGCCAAAACCUGAGCGUCAGUGCUGGCUCUGCUGUGGUCCCACCCGAGAAGGUCCAGGGUCUUGGGCUCAAGGGAGAGGAUUGGAGUUCGGUGAUGGUUGGGUCUGGGCCCUGAGGAUCUCUCCAGUGACAGUGCUCCUAAGGAGCCUGGGGCUCUGGAAUCUUGUAACAGGUCGGUCCUUUGAGGCUGUGCCUCUGGGCGGCUCUGCUCUGUGCAUGAGACAGAUCUUCAGUGGUGCUAGGACAAGCAACUGAGAAAGGCACUCUUUGCCCCUCCUGCUCCCCUUGCCAUCAUGGGAGCAGAUCUGUCUCUACCUGUCUGGACUCACCAUCCUAAAGACCCGGCAGUUCUUCCCUUCCGGACCUUCUGUAAGGGCACAUGCCACCCUCCCUGCCUCUGACCCCUCCUCUGGUCACAGCCCAGCCCUUGCAGCCAUCAUGGCUGCUAGAAAAGAGUUACGGAGUUGCCACCGGGGCUGCGGCUGCUUUUUCCACUCCAGCUCAGAAUCAGAGACGCGCCCUGUGUGCAGCCUGCAGUGCCGCCCACUCUAUUCCCGCAUGUGAACUUGGGGCGGGGCUGGUUUUCCACGCAUUGCUGCCUCCGUGCCCCCAGCCCCUCCUCAGACCUCUGCGGGCCUCUCUGGGUUUCUGUAGCUUCCUUCGCUUUCCCGUCUCUCUUCUCACAACCCCUUCAGUAGCUCUCCGCCCUGGAUGUGCAUCAGGAUCAGCAAAGAAGCCUUACAAAAUGCAGAUUCCAGGGCUCCAUUCCUACGGGUACUAAUUUCCUCAUUUGGGGGUGGGAAUUGAGCAACUGUAUUUAUUUUCUAUAAAUGCUAGAGACUUAUGAUUAAUAGCACAUGAUGAACAUGAGACUGGGCUGAGAAAUGAGGAUGCCCCAUGCUCAUAGCUAGUCAAUCAUUUGUCAUAUGAUGGGGUCUAGCUAUUAUUUAAUUAUGCUUGCAGUCUCCAAGAAGCAAUGACUAAGGGUAGUGGUGCAACAUAGAUGUAUGACUCAUUACCAUUCUCACCAUCCUUCUCCCAGAUAUCCUUAAAUGCAGAAGUGUUCAUUACAAUAUCCUACAUGUUCCUUUCAUGACAAUUGUCCAAGUUUUUGUUUGAUAUGCAUAUUAAAGCUGGAGUCACAAAUAAUGACCUGGAAACAAACUCCUAUUACCAAGCCAAAAUGCACUAAGAGCUAAAACUUCCACAGAACCUGGGCUGUAGAUAGCCAGGCAAUACUGGGUACCCCAUCUAUUUUUGUUUACAAGAGUGCUGCCUUGGCCAGGCGCGGUGGCUCACGACUGUAGUCCCAGCACUU